AUGGAUUUAUUUGAUGCACCCUAUUAUUGGGGACGAAUAACACGACAAGAUGCAGAACAAAUUCUUGAUGAAUCAGGUUUAAAAAAUGGCCUUUAUCUUAUACGAGACAAAUUUGAAGAAGUUGGUAGUUAUGCAAUAACAUUAUGUUUUUUAAAACGAUUUUAUCAUUAUCGAAUUGACCGGCUUUUAAAUGAUAAUGUUGUUCUUAAUGGUUCACGUGCUCAAGAAAAAUUUGCUUUUCCAAAUAAUGAUAUGAAAUCUAAUGAUCGUGGUCGAUCAACACGAAGUUCUGAACAAUUAGAAUUUUCUGAACCAAUGGAAUUAAUUAGUCAUUUUCAAAAACAUGCUGAACCACUUGUUACAACGUUAUCUGUACCAUGUCAACGACCAUUUGAUUACAAUUUUGUGCAAUUCUGGUGUGUACCAUUACUCACUCCAGAAUUGUAUAUAAAUAAAAUUUUUCAAGAAGCUUCAAAUACUGAUGAUGAAAUACCAAUUAAAGAUAAAUUAACAGUCAAAAGAUAUAUUUAUGAGCGACGAGUAUUAAAAACUUUACAUGAAGGUGAAUUAUGGUUUCAUUCUCGUAUUGGUCGACAAGAAGCAGAAGUUCGUCUUAAGAAUGCCGGUGAAAAAAGUGGCCUAUUUCUUGUACGUGAAAAACCAGGCGAUAAACAUUCUCGUGCUUGUUAUACAUUAAGUUUAUGUUUUCAACGUGAAUAUCAUCAUUAUAUUAUUCAAAAAACAUCAAAUGACUAUUUACAAAUAGCAUCAAGUAAUAAGUCCAGACGUAUUAUUCAAUUUAGUAGUCUUGUUCAACUAGUUGAUUUCUAUCAUCGAAAUCACCAAGAUCUUGCUUGUCCUCUUCUAUAUCCAUGUAAUCGUCCUGGUGUUGAUACAAAUAUGGAAUCUGAAACUAAUAGUACAGAUUUAUGGUCUCCAACAUCACCAAUGUCAAGUGAUGCAGCCAAUAAUUCAUCAUACGAUUUCAUUGGUCCGAAUUCAGGGCUAAUAUAUGAAUGGGAUAAUAAUCAUGAUUCAACCUUAAUUGAAAAUAUUUUUAUCGAUGAAAAAUAUCUGAUUUUGGGUGAUAAACUUGGGGAAGGUCAAUUUGGUGAAGUUUACCAUGGUAAAUUAAUUGGUAAUGAUGAAAAUAAUAAUGGUAUUGCUAAACAACCAUUACAACAUGUUGCAAUAAAACGAUUACGACAAAGACAACAUUCAUUUAUUAAAGAAUUUUACAAUGAAGGUAAACGUAUGUUGAGUUUAGAUCAUCCUUAUAUUGUAAAAAUAUUUGGUAUAUGUAAACAUAAAACAACAGUAUCACUUGUACUUGAAUUAUGUCCAUAUGGUGCAAUGAAUCGUUGGUUAAGAUUAAAUAAAACAUUUCGAAUGAGUUAUAUUCUUAAUUAUAUGUAUCAAGUUAGUGAUGGAAUGAAUUAUUUGCAUGAAAAAAACAUAAUUCAUAGAGAUUUAGCAUUAAGAAAUAUACUAAUUAUGUCGAAAACUGUUUGUAAAAUAUCAGAUUUUGGUUUAUCACGUGUUCUUGAAGAAAAUAGAUACUAUCAAAUUGGACAGAAUCGUCGAUUACCCUCGAUCUGGUAUCCCCCAGAAGUUCUCGAAACAUCUUUAUUUCAUUCUCAAAUUGAUAUUUGGUCGUUUGGUGUUACUGUUUGGGAAGCUACAUCCUAUGGUCAAACACCUUAUAAACAAGAACUUGUUGCAAUACAAGGUACACCAUUUGAUCCCAUAUCACAAAAAUUACUCAAAUUUUUACGUGAUGGCAAUCGUUUAAAACAACCAUCUAAUUGUCCAAAUCCUAUUUAUGAUUUAAUGCUCAAAUGUUGGGAAUAUGAGUAA